AUGUUUGAUGUCUAUCACUUGCAGCGGUGUAUGAACUGCCUCCUCGGAAUUUUAUCACUCCGAGCUUUGAGCAUGCUUCUUCCCGCUGCCAAGAGAAAUCCUUCCCAACCCCUCAUCCUUUCGACCCUGCUUUUGGAAAGGAUUCCAACAUGGGAGCUUGAGCCUGGAGAAUACCAUGGGGACCGAACUAUCGGUUCUCGCCGCAUCUUCUGGCGAGCACCUUUACGGAUAGACUGCCAGGGGGACCGAUCGGACGCCGCAAUCACCAAGAACGGCGGCAAAGACUCCCACGGAUGCAUGGCUCUUGGACCACGUCAUCCUGCUCUGAGCCGUGUUAUGCCCAGUAAUACCGAUAGCGUCACUCAGUCUCGGUCUGGUCUGAGGCUUGGACUGCUCGGGGCUCUGAGAUGCAGCUUGGCAUUGCCCACCACAGCCUACCUCGUGGUGGAUGGGGCCCUCAUCUUGGAUGCUUGCCGAAGCGGAUCUCCGGACGAAACUAGAGGGGUUUACGUUCACGCAGCACAUGAACACUUCACUUCGCCUCUCGACAGCUAG